AUGGCCACCAAGAACAACCGCCGCAAGAAGUGGAGAGGAAAGACUGGUGGAAGAGAUCAACAAGGCACACAUUUCUCAGUUCAAAUCAUGGCCGAAGUCAUGAUCAUAAUGACGGGUAAAGGAGACCAUGAGAGCCUCAAAGCAGUACAAGAUGGCAAUGAAAGGAUUCGUAAGAAGAGAAAUCAAGUCAAAAGAGGGGCUAAAGGAAUGAGAAGCAUCAAGAGACAAUUUGCCAUUUUCAAGCCUGGACUUUGGUCUACCGUCGUCCAAGCUUGCAGGGGAGUAUUAGAGAGGAGGCAUAAAGAAGAGGAGCAAGACCGAGGCAAGCAAAGAGAAGCCAAGGUUGAAGCUCAAAGAAGAUUGUGA